AUGAGAAUCGAAUCUAGCCUUUCCUCCACUUCUGUUGAGGAUCGUGUGGAUUCUCCGCAAUCUUCUCUGUCUCUUCUUCCGUCUCCUCCUCCGUCUCCGACCAGUCGGAGAGGUUCGGAGUCUACGAGUGAUAAUACUCCAAUUGCCCGUUGGCCCUUUCUCCGUCGCGACGGAGGAAGUUCUUUCCGCCGGAAUAUUUGGACGACACCGGAGCAGAGUUCUGGUCGUGUUCCUCAACUUGUUGAUGAAGAAAUUGUCAACCUUGAGGAUGAUGGAGAGGACGCAGCUGAUGCUCCGGUGGAAGACGUUCCUCCGGCAGGGCUUCCCUCUGUUCUGACACGUGUGAUGCUCGAUGGUAUUGCGAGGACUUGCCGCUUUCUGAGGCAAUUACAGAUGCGUGCUCCGACUGCUGAUGAGAGGCCAUGGACGCCGCCCCCUGGAUGGAUGUGUCUGUACGAGGCGUUUUUUACUCAUUCGCGUCUCUGGUUUUCUCUCCCUCGUCUUCUGACGUCGUAUGCUGCUGCCCGGGAUAUCGCUUUGACUCAAUUUACUCCCGCCGCCAUGCGGAAUGUAGUUGCGGCUCUGGUUUUGGGGGCUGAGGUCGGCAUUGAUGUCGAUCUUCGUUUCUUCGAGGAGUUGGCUACUAUUAGCAGGAACCCAGGGACUCCUAAUACUUUUUACAUAAAUAUUAAGUCUCGUCACGGCAUUCUCAGGGGGAGGGUGAAUAAGGCGCAUGAGUGGUUUCAGCAUUAUUUCUUCAUCCGGAUUGACUCGGCUUCUAUGGCGGAUCUUAAUGCGGUCCUGAGAGGGACUUGGAACUCUUCGCCUAAGCGUCAUCCAAUCUCGCUUCCUCCGCCAGCGGGGUUUCCUCGUGGAGUGGAGAACAUUCGUGAAUUGGGGGUUCAGCAGUGGUUCGACUUCGAUCGCGAUCAUAUCUUUCGUAGUGUUUCGCGUAUCUCGGCCGCCGUUUGGGGGGCUCCUUCCGGCGAUCGAUCGGGUCAUCGUGAUCGGUCUUCGUUGCGUCCCUCUUCUCCUGUGCCGCCGCGUCGAGCCGCUCGCUCUCCUUCGGUACGGACCAGGGGCGUCCGUCGUGACAUCCCUCCGUAUUCGAGUGUUAUGAAUGACGAGGUGACGGGUCCUUCUUUGCGGGAAGGAAACAGGGGAAUGGCCCAGUCCAACCCCUUGAAUUGUGAUGUGGAGCCCGAAAGGGCGUUUUGUGAAUCUGAUGGAAUGACUCCGGCUGCUCCCGAGGGUGGGGAGCCGGUUAGUGUUGAAAGGGGGGCUUCUGAUACAGCCCUGACAGGUGGUUUUAUGGCUGAUGCCACCCGUUCUGUUGUUCGGGAAGGCCGAGAAUCUAGAUCUCUUAAGCGUCCGUGCGAAUGUGUCCCGACGGAGGGUGCCCCAGAAGAGAAGAUAUCUCGGCGGGAUCCCUAUGCCCGGGUGUUCCGUUAUAACAAGGGUACUCCUUUUGUGAACGACGAGCGCGCUUGCGCCGAGUACUUCUAUCUUCUGAGGAAUGCUUUCACGGACAUUCCUGACGUUGAUGAUCUAGUGCAUGCUCAGGAGUUCAAGGAUAUGUCUCGCUCUACUGCUCAGUCGAACGCCCAUGCGGUGCGGCUUAUGUCUCUUUACAAGAGGGAGCUCCGGAGGGUGCGGGCUAAGCUGGAGGAUAUGUUCGCGGAGAAGGAGUCGUGCGAUGCCCGUAUCAAAGAGCUGGAUGUUACUGUCUACGGCUUAAGUUCCUCUGCUGAGGUUCUUCGGGCGGAGCUUGCGGCGUCGUCUGGUCGUGAGGCCAUUCUUCGUUAUCUCGAGCGAAGUCACGAAGAUUAUGCUGCAAAGGAGGUGGCUCGGGCCGUUCGUGAAGCCGUUGCGAAGUAUUGGGGCCGUUUGGAGCGGGUGAGGGCGUACUUGGAUGAUCAAGAGCGUGUGAAGGAGGUUGUCUUCAAGGAGAACCAAAUGACCGGGAUCGUGUCUUGUCAUGAGGUCUGUAUUGAGGAAGGCAUUCCGAUUCCUUCGGAGAAGUUGAGGCGUCACCGGGUGGCUUUGAGGGAAAACACUGAUCUUCUGGACAACACCGAGGUCGCGACUUUGGAGAAUGACGAUCUGGUGCUUUCUCCCCUUCCUUCUUCUUCUUAA